GAUGACACUGCUUUCUUCAGGGAAACUCCAGGCGCCGCGCGCGGGCACGAGACCUCAAUUUCUCCAUCAUCUCAUUUAUUUAUUUCUGUGUGUUUAUCUGUUUAUUUAUUUAUUAAUGCAGCGUUAAAUCCGCAGAUUUGUGCAUCAUCUUCCUCCGCGGCUGAAGUAAUGCGCGGUCUUGGCUCGCGUCCGCGUCCGUGUUCGCGUGAAUAAAUCCUGCCGCGCGCCCCCGCGGCGCCCGUGACCCCGCAGCCGAUGCUGAUGAGCGGCGCGCACAUGAACGCGGGUAUUUCCAGCGAUUCUCUGCACUUUGAAGUGUUCUCGGGUCUGAUGGAGUCUCCGGUGGACGCACCUGUGGAGCCUGGCAGCAGGCUGUGAGCGGGCGAUCAGCGAGACUUUCUUUAGUAAUUGUUGGUAAUGAGAAGGAGCAGCCCCUCUGCCAGCUGGCGGGUCUCCAGAUGUGUGUGGCUGCUGAUUGGAGGAGGCUGUACUGGUGGGUGGUCCUCCAGUGGGUAGUGGGCGUGGCUUUAUCAGCGCCCUGCGCUCAGCGCUGCGACUGUUUGCCAAAGCUCUUGAUAGCGAACUGUUCAUCAAGAAGACUGUCUUCCGUCCCCGCAGGCGUUCCUGACAACACCCUGUCGCUUAACUUAACCAACAACCUCUUAAAGACUCUAUCAAGGCGACAGUUCCCCGGCCUGACUCAGUUACGUGAGCUGGACCUCAGCGAUAACGCACUAACAGCGAUCGAAGUCGAAGCCUUCGCCGGUUUGCGGAAUCUCGUCGUGCUGAAUUUAUCCCGCAACCAUCUAAAGAUCAUCCCGGUCGGAGCCUUCUCUGGCCUCCACGGCGUUCAGCUCCUGGACGUCAGCUGGAACGAGAUCUUGGUGCUCCUGGACGAUAUGUUCAGCGAGAUGCUGUCUCUCCAGAAGCUGGAAGCCAGCGAGAACGAUCUGGUGUUUAUCUCAAAUCGCGCUUUCGACGGUCUUUCCGAUCUGCAGGAGCUAAACCUUGACCGAUGCAACCUGACGUCUGUGCCGAUCGAAGCACUUUCACGGCUCUCCGGAAUCGUCCGGCUGCGUCUGUGCCGACUUGGACUCACGACGCUUCCCAACAACUCCUUCCGCCAGCUGGGACGUUUGCGCGAUCUUGAAGUUUCCCAUUGUCCUUGGUUGGACUCGUUAGCCGCUAACAGCCUGUUUGGACUCAAUCUCACGUCGCUAACGCUCAGCCACUGCAAUCUGAGCGCCGUACCGUAUUCCCCACUGCAUCACCUCGUCUACUUGCGAUACUUGAAUUUAUCGUACAACCCAAUCACUAUUAUCCUUUCCAACCUUCUUGGGGAUUUGCUACGACUCCAAGAGCUGCAUCUAGUCGGUACAGGGCUCAUACGAAUAGAGCCUGGUGCUUUUCGCAACCUUGCGUUUUUCCGGUUCGUCGACGUGUCGGAGAACCGUCUGGUGACGCUGGAGGAGUCUGUGUUUCAUUCGGCCGCUGCUUUAGAGGUGCUUGGACUGGACGGGAACCCGUUGGCGUGCGAUUGCCGGCUUCUUUGGGCGAUGCGCAGACGCCCGUGGCUGAGCUUCGAAGGACGUUCGCCGACUUGCGCAACACCUGUACAGGUGCAAGGCCGGUCGUUUGCUGACUUUACGGAGGCUGAGAUUCCUAGGUUGUUUACGUGCAGGCAAGCUCGCAUUCUGACUCGGAAGCCGCAGGAUGUUCGGACGGACGAAGGACAUACGGUUUUGUUCUUCUGCGCAGCUGACGGAGAUCCGGCGCCGUCGAUUAUUUGGCUGAAUCCCAAACGCUCUGUUCUGACCAGCUUGGGCCGGAUUCGCACGCUCGCUAACGGGACCCUGGAAGUGCGCUACGCACAAGUACAGGAUAGCGGGUAUUACCUGUGCAUCGCUUCGAACGCAGCCGGGAACGACAGCGUCUCGGUGAGCCUGCGUGUGCGAGGGUUUCCGGCGUCCGCUCGCAACCGCUCCGGCUCGUACUUUCUGGAAGGAUGGAGCUUCACGUCCGGGCAAGCGGCGGUCAACGGAUCGCAGCCGUUUCCGUUCGACGUGAAGACGCUUGUGAUCGCAGUUACCAUGGGGUUCCUGUCGUUCCUGAGCUCGGUGGCCGUCUGCUUCGUCUUCAUGUUUUUCUGGAGUCAGAGCAAAGGGCAGAUCAAGCACACGGCGACUAUCGACUUCGUGCCGCGCAGCGCGGCGACGGCGUCCGGAGGCGGACGGACAACGAUGGAGACGGGCAGGUUCACAAUGAAGCUAAUCUGAAAACUUGAGAACAUGAGAUGUUUGAGGUGCUACUAGAUAUCCAGAGUUUCCCAUAAGCUUAAACAUAAGGAUAAGAUGCAUGACGCUCCUGAAUGUCGUUCACUGCACAAAAUUGUUUUUCAUCAGUAUUUUUGUCUUGUUUACCUGUACAAAUAUUUUUAAAUUAAAGGGAUAGUUCACCCAAAAUGAAAAUUAGUCCAUGCUUUACUCACCCUCAAGGUAUCCUAGGUGUAUAAACGUCCGUAAUAAAACAUGCCUCACAUGGCUCCGGGGGGUGAAUAAAGGCCUCCUGUAGCGAAUCAAAGCAUUUUUGUUAGAAAAAUAUCCAUAUUUAAAGUUUUAUAAACUGUUUGGAUGUUCUCGCUGGAACUAACGCUUCUCCCCCUGGAGCCGCGUGAGGCACGUUUUAUUACGGAUGGAUGCACUUUAUUGGACUUCUUUUGGACCAUUGAAAAAUAACAGCCAUUCACUGCCAUUAUAAAGCUUGGAAGAUCCAGGACAAUUUUUAAUAUAACUCCGAUUGAAUUCGUCUGAAAGAAGAAAGUCAUAUACACCUAAGAUGCCUUGAGGGUGAGUAAAUUUUUGGGUGAACUAACCCUUUAAGAUGCAUUUAGUGGAGAUGCAUAAUGACAAAAGUCAUCUUGUUUUCUGGAGAAAUGAAGUAUGUUUAUGCUUAAAACAAGAGCAAAUAUCUGCCUUUGGGUCAUUAAGCAUUGACUAUUUCAAAGGGAAAACUUCAGAUUUCGUUGACUGAUAUUUGUUCCUCAUUUUAAAGGUGCAGUAUGAAAUAUUGACAGCUAGUGGUUGAAAUGGGUAUUGCAGUCCAAAUUCAUAAUAUUGGAGAGAGUUGUUUCUCCACACCCUUUUUCUGAGACUCAAUGCUCACACGGGUUGCCAGAUUGAGGAUACGAAACAGAAGCAAGACUUGAAUGGAAGGUGACGAGCCUUAGACUGUAAGUUGAGUUGUUUUAUCAGUGUUUUAAUAUGCCUCUGGUCACAGAGCUUUUUAGAUGGAUGCCGAGGCUCUUUAGAUCUGGUAGAAUCUCUGAUCUCUGACCCAGUUCCUUUGCUGGCUUCCAUGGCUCAAAUACGUUGUGUUUUCUGCCAUCUGGCAACCUGGAGGGUCGAAAUCCUAUUGGGUGAACUGGCAAUGGGCGGAGUCACACAGACCAAAACAGCUGUAGCGUUGUUUUUCAGAGACACAAGUAUGUGAACUUAGCAUGUCUCUAAAUAUCUGCAAAUAUGGUAUUUUUAUGCUUUAGUAAAGUUAAAAAACUACAUGCAGCACUUUUAACUCUCUGAUUAUUUCACGGGUCAUUUUGACCCAUGUUUGAUUUAAAAAUUUUAGAAAUUUGAAAUUUUGUGAGUUUUUCUCAUUUAGGGCCAUGAAUGUGCACGCAACAUUUCGACAUUCUGAUGUAUUUUGGAAAGGCUGUAUAAAUUUCGGUGACUCUGAGGGGGUUUGGUGUUUCCAUUGGUUUCCAUGCAAUUUACCAAAAAUCAACACUUUGCAAAGUCUGAGGAAAAAAAAACAAAAACAGAAAAAAAACACCAACAACAGAAACCUUUUGUGUAGCUUGUCAAAGAUUAAACUAUGAAAUGCAGUACAUGAGUACUUAUGAAAUCUAACACUCAAAGUUCAGUAGAAAUCAUCUUCUGAAUCGCAGGGAGAAUUUGCGGUUUCUUCAUCCAUUUUAGUUUCACAGUCUGUGAAUCUGUCAGAGGAUGUUUUUGUUCUGUUGCAGAACUGAAAAUAAGUGUGAGAAACACAUUUUACCCUCGCAAGCAGACAAAACAAAAAGAAAAGACUGUAAAUAGUGUUUCUGUUCAUAGCCUAAGUACAAAUAAUUUUUUUUUUUUUACACAUUUGCAGUAGUUA